GUCUAUUCAUACACCUUGUCUGUGAUAGUACUGAAACGUAUCUCCACGCGGUUUGCAUUGUUUUGAAUCGGAUUUGAUAAUUAAAGUUUGAUAAUUGAAAUACUCCUUGUAUUUUUUUUUGCUACAAAUAUAAUAGAGUAUCGAAUAUUAAAUAAAAAUGGGAAAGAAUAAAAGAACGCGAAGGGUUGUCAUGCAAAGAUUUGCACAAAUGAAAAAAAUGAUCAGCCCGAGAGAUGCAAGAAUAAAACCAGAGCUUCGUGCACCACCAAAGAAAGUUAAAAAAGAAGAUCCAACUGAACUUAAAAUAACAGAAGCACCUCAGCAAUCCUCUGCAUUAUUUUUCCAAUAUAAUACACAAUUGGGACCUCCUUACCAUGUUUUGAUAGACACAAAUUUUGUAAAUUUCUCAAUCAAAAACAAAUUAGACAUCGUAGAAAAUUUGAUGGAGUGUCUCUAUGCUAAGUGCACUCCAUACAUAACGGAUUGCGUGAUGGGCGAAAUGGAGAAAUUAGGUCAAAAGUAUAAAAUAGCUCUAAAGAUUAUGAAAGAUCCUAGAUUCGAAAGGUUAAACUGCACGCACAAAGGCAUUUAUGCAGAUGACUGUAUCGUCAAUAGGGUGACUCAACACAAAUGUUACAUCGUAGCAACCAAUGACAAAGAUUUAAAGAGGAGAAUACGAAAAAUACCUGGUGUACCUAUAAUGUAUGUUUCUCAGCAUAGGUAUACCAUAGAGAGAAUGCCAGAUGCGUACGGAGCACCUAAAAAAUAAUCACACCUUUAAUACUAGAAUUUUUUAUUGUACACAUUUAUUUAUAUAAAUAUUUAUAUAUAUAUAUAUAAUAAAACCUGCAUAUUUUAUUUUAUAA